AUGGCCUCUCUCAACCCGACUAUUAUUUUUGAGGCUGGAGGCAAGCGGUAUGUCACAACAGAAGCCAUUCCUUUCCGGUCCCCAACCAACACUCCCUUGAGAUCUCAACUCGUGACCGUCUUCGCAAACCAUGACGGUAUAGCUCUCAACAAAGCGUGGCUGAAAACAUAUUUGGACAAGCUGGAUGGCUGUGAUGUGUAUGAUCGUAACCUGUUCCUUUCAGGUGUCAUCAUUACUACCCCGCAUCGUGGCCAGGCUGUGCCUCAAGAUUCUUGGGAAUACCUGAAGGAGCUCGGAAUGAAGUGGCUCGAUGUUAUCGUUGAAGGCGACGAAGCUCAUCUUCCUACGGGGCCUUACCUCUACACAGAUAACAAACUUCACCCUGUUUGCCGUUUGUAUGAUGACGAGAAGGGAGCAUUUUUCUCGGGAUUGAAACCCAAGUUGGAUUUGUGA